AUGUCCUUCUUCCGUGUAUUUACGCGGCGCGCCGCGCUCGCCCGGAAACCCACACGGCCCAACACAAUCAGCCGACGGACAAUGAUGCCAGCCCCCGGCCCGAACGCAGGUCCACUGCUAGAACGACGUGCGGACCGAGAGCUACCGAACCCCAAGCCAGGCCGAAAGUGGCUUCUCACAUUCCCUAUUUUCGCUUUGGCGACGGGUGCAGGCAUGCUUGGACUCUUCAAUUACCAGAAGUCGUCGUCGAGUAUCGUGAACAGCACGCUGUAUGCGUUGCGGACGUCGCCGCAGGCUCGUGAGAUCCUCGGCGAUGAAAUCUACUUUGCGCAGCAGAUUCCGUGGAUCAGUGGUGAGAUGAAUCAAUUGCAUGGUCGCAUUGAUAUCUCGUUCUGGGUUAAGGGGACAAAGGCCCAGGGCAAGAUGAGGUUCCGCAGCAUUCGGCCGGAUCGUAUGAGCUAUUUCCGUACUGAGGUAUGGAGUCUGGAGACUGAGGAUGGAAAGGUGGUCCAAUUGCUCGACGGUGAUAGCGAUCCCUUCCGGAAGAACUGA